AUGAAGCUCCAGGUAUUCUGGACUGGACUAGAGUAUACCUGCCGGUUCUUGGGCAUCACCACGGCUGCAGUGUUGAUUGGAGUGGGCACCGAGACCUUCCUCCGGGGGCGGUUCAAAAGCCUGGCCUUCUAUCUGCUGUUUACAGGAGUCACCAUCGCUGUGUGUGAAGGGACCUACUUUGUAGCUCAACUGUUGGCCAUCUGCUUCAAGUGUCAGCCAGGGUCUCUGGCACACAGAGCAAAGGAGAAGGCCCACUGGCUGGGCUGCUUCCAGAAGUUCCUCGCCUACAUGCUGCUGUCGGUGGCCUGCUUCCUCCACCCUGUCCUUGUCUGGCAUGUGACCAUUCCAGGCUCCAUGCUAAUCAUCACUGGCCUAGCCUACUUCCUGCUGAGCAAGCGAAAAAAAAGAAAGGCUGCUCCUGAGGUGGCACCCCCCACGGAGCAGUACACAGACCCUUCCAGCAGCAUUGUGAGCACUACAGGCUCUGGGGACACUGAGCAAACCUAUACUUUCCACGAAGCCUUCAAGGAGGGACCCGGCUCCUUCUUCAUCCACAUGAAGAGCAUCCUGAAGGGGACUAAGAAGCCACGUGUCCUGCAGACCCAAGAUACCCUAAUGGAACUGGCGUUGGAGCCUGCUGACUCCUUGGCCAAGAAAAAGCAGGUACACUUUGAAGACAACGUGGUCAGAAUCAUCCCAUCCCUCACUGAAGGUCUGGGUGAUAGUGACAGUGGACCAGAGGAAACCAGCUCUGACACAACCCCCAUCAUCCCUCCCUCCCAGACCCCACUCUUUCUGCCUUCUCUUAUGGCCACUGACCUGUUCUGA